AUGCGCCUCACGUAUAUCCUCGGAAUGAUACUUGCGGUCUCUUUCCGCACCAGCACGGCGAUCCCUGUGACCGAGGAAUACAACACCAUUGAUAACGGCGUUCCGCCUGAUGUUAUCUAUGUGGUCCACGAAGAUGGCGGGCGCAUGUUGCGUCGCGUCGAGAAGCCCGCGUUCAACGGAGAUGUAAUCGAAGAAGAAAGAGUGUUCGGGGGUUUGACGCAUUUCUUUAAGCAAUUGCGCUCAGCUUCAAAGCUGAAACGCAACGGGGUCGAUGCACUCAUUUUUUACAGACAAGUGGCUGCAAAUCUGAAAAAGGCACACAAGUGA